AUGAAAAAGGACGAGCACGCGCAGACGCUAUCAAAAUGUAAAGUCAUUCUGGGCGGGUUCCUGAUUCACUGCACGCUGGGGAGCAUCUACUGCUUCUCCAACAUCAGCAUCUACGUCAUCUCCUACAUGAAGAUCAUAGGCUGCUCCAAUGUAAAGUACAAGGAUAGUAGCUGGGUGUACGUGCUUACGCUCAUUUUUCAGUGUUUUUUUGGGUUCUUCGGGGGCAUGCUCAAUCAGCACUUGGGCCCCCAGAUUAGCGUGCUGCUGGGGGGGUGGCUGAUGUGCCUGGGGAUCCUGCUCUCCUAUUUCACCGUCUUCAAUUUUUACUUAUUUCUGAUGACCUACGGGAUUUUGUGCGGGAUUGGCUGCGGCAUUGCCUACCCGAUUCCGCUCUCCGUGGCGGUCAAGAGGCACUACGACUACAAGGGGGUGAUCAGCGGGAUCAUCUUCGUGGGGAGGGGCAUGGCCGUGUUCCUCAUAUGCCCCCUGCAGAACUACUUCAUAAACAGGUACAACUACAUGCCGGAUUACACCCCCGAGCUGGACCACACGGACGACAAGUACUUCAGCAACCUGGAGAUCCUUAACCGGGUUCCCUAUUUGUUCAUUUACGAAGGGAUCUUUUUUGCAGUCAUCCAGUUCAUAGGCGCCUGUUUGAUCGCUGACUCUGGAGAUACCUCAAACGAGUUUUUACCCUUCAAUGAUAAGAGCAGCAAAGUAUUGUACCUAGACGAUAGGGGAUAUGCAAAUAAAAGCCCCAAAGGAAUGUCAAGCUCGUUUAGGACCUUUUCUAACGGAUCUAAUUUCUCCCUUAGAGAAUCCAGUAGCACCUUCAUCAAUCGAGAUUUCAUUCUCAUCUGGCUGAUGGUCUUCUUUAACUGGCAAGCUAUUUCGUAUACGCAAGUUUUUUGGAAAAUAUUUGGCCUCAAUUAUCUAAGCAUUGAUGAUAGAUCUUUGUCUCUCCUAGGAGCUGUAUCCUCUCUCUUCAACAUCAUGGGGAGGAUUUUCUGGGGAUUUAUAAGUGACAUGACUAGCUUUAAAACGGCACUCAUCCUCAUGAGCAUGUUAAUGAGCUUCCUAACAGUUACCUUAACUCUCUCUGGUUUAUAUGGAAAGGUUACCUACUGCAUUUGGGUUUGCCUCAUUUUCUUUUGCCAUGCAGGGACCUUUUCUAUUUUCCCCUCCAUUACGGCACAUACCUUUGGCACCCGUAACUUCGGCCCCAUCUUUGGUCUCCUCUUCACUGCGAGGGCCUUCUCCAGCAUCAUCAACGCGAUGCUGGCCGCCGCCAUUUUGAACAACGUUGGGAAUAUUGCUAUGUGUGCACUCGUCUCCAUUUCGUCCUUCGUCAGCAUCAUGUUGGCGCUGGCUUUUUAGCGGU